UCUGGGCCGCAGGAGAGUUCAAGUUCAGGAGCCGCGUUUCUUCUCAGCCUCGGCCCCGGAAAAGGAUCGCCCUGGCCAGGAAGUUUUGUCUGGUAUCCCCGCAGCCCGGGCAGCGACUCCAGGGUGACUUGUUGGCCAUGCCCGCGUCGCCGCCGCUCGGAGGCGGGUGAAGCUCCGGGACGCGCGGAGCCGGGGAGACGCGCGGUCACCGCGCCGAGAUGGGCUCCGGAGCGCGGCGCGCGCUGCUCCUGCUGCUCCUGCUGCGGGCCGUGGCCGAGCCCGGGCCGCCGCCGCGAUCCCAUUCUCUGCGCUACCUCUUCAUGGGCGCCUCAGUGCCGGAUCUUGGGCUGCCCCUGUUUGAGGCCUUGGGCUACGUGGACGACCAGCUGUUCGUGUCCUACAGUCAUGAGAGUCGUCGUGCAGAGCCCCGAACCCAGUGGGUCCAGGGUGGGGCCACCAGCCAGCUGUGGCUGCAGCUGAGUCAGAGCCUGAAAGGCUGGGAUCACAUGUUCAUUGUGGACUUCUGGACCAUCAUAGACAAUCACAACCACAGCAAGGUAACGAAGCUCGGGGUGCUGUCAGAGUCCCACACCCUCCAAGUGAUCUUGGGCUGUGAGGUACAAGAGGACAACAGCACCAGGGGGUUCUGGAAGUAUGGGUAUGACGGGCAGAACCAUCUGGAAUUCUGCCCCGAGACGCUGGACUGGAGAGCAGCAGAGCCCAAGGCCCAGGCCACCAAGUUGGAAUGGGAAGUGAACAAGAUUCGGGCCAAACAGAACAGGGCCUUCCUGGAGAGGGACUGCCCUGAGCAGCUGCAGCGCUUGCUGGAGCUGGGGAGAGGGGUCCUGGACCGGCAAGUGCCCCCUCUGGUGAAGGUAACUCAGCGUGUGGCCUCGGCUGUGAGCACCCUGCGGUGUCAGGCCCUUAACUUCUACCCGCAGAACAUCACCAUGAAGUGGCUGAAGGACGGGCAGCCACUGGAUGCCACGGACGUUGAGCCGAAGGAUGUGCUGCCCAACGGGGAUGGGACCUACCAGGGCUGGGCGGCGUUGGCUGUGGCCCCUGGGGAAGAGCAGAGAUACACCUGCCAAGUGGAGCACCCCGGCCUGGAUCAGCCCCUCACUGCCGCCUGGGAGGCCCCAGUGUCUGGCACCCUGGUCAUUGGAGUCAUCAGUGGGAUCGCGGUUUGCAUCAUCCUCCUUUUUACUGGAAUUCUGUUCAGAAUCUUAAAGAAAAGACAGGCUUCAAGAGGAGCCAUGGGGGACUAUGUCUUGGCCGAAUGUAAGUGACGGACAGCCUGCAGACCCCUUGUGGGGAGGAGAUGUGGAGACUCAAAGAGAGGGUGCCGCCGUGGCCCUCUUGGUGUUCCAGAGCGGGACUGGACUGAACGAACGGGAACUGCACCAGGAAGUCUCUGCUUGCGUCCUGCCUUCUUCAUUUUUGGAAAGUUCCUCCCAUUUCAGUUUUUGAGUUUCCACAUGCCAGAGAGCCCCAGCGCUGGCCUCGGGGCAGAACAGCCUCCUUGAAUCACCAGGUGCCUCUAGAGCCUGCCUUCGCUUCUGCAUCAUUUCCGACUCCGCGUGCCCACGUCAUCGCAUCUCCUACCUCGGGAAUAGCGCUCCUGAAAACUGGGGGACUCACGG